AAUGCAUCACAAGACGUGUCUCAUUUCCCAGCUUCCUCUGCACUUCCGGCUUUUCACCGCAGCAGACGAGAACGAAAACAAAAUGCGAUAGUUUAACUUCGCCGAUGAGCUGUGAUCAAUGACAGCGUUAUUGACGCUUCUCGGCAUAAUCCACUGACCGCCUAAUAUUUAAAUGUCAUAUCUGUGCACCUGGGGCGCGUGGCAGUAAAAUAAUAUCCACCAUGCAGUUCUCUCCCACCAACGUAGAUUUCACGUUCGUCUCUUCGACAGAGGCUGAAGAGCUCAGCGGCACCAUCAGUGCCCCGGACAUCAAGCUGAACAUGGGCGCUGAGAGCGGUAAAGAUCCAUACGCCACCACCUUCCUGAGGCAGCGAGGCUACGGCUGGCUGCUGGAGGUGGACGAGGAGGACGCUGAAGAGAGCAAGCCGCUUCUGGAGGAGCUGGACAUCGACCUGAAGGACAUCUAUUACAAGAUUCGCUGUGUGCUGAUGCCCAUGCCGUCCCUGGGUUAUAACCGGCAGGUGGUCCGAGACAACCCGGACUUUUGGGGCCCUCUAGCCGUGGUGCUGCUCUUCUCCAUGAUCUCCAUCUAUGGACAGUUCAGGGUUGUGUCUUGGAUCAUCACCAUCUGGAUCUUUGGAUCAACAACCAUCUUCCUGCUGGCUCGUGUUCUUGGUGGCGAGGUUUCCUUCGGCCAGGUUCUUGGAGUGAUCGGAUAUUCUCUUCUUCCUCUCAUCGUUAUAGCCCCUCUGCUCCUAGUGAUCGGAGGCUUUGAGGUGGUUUCUACACUAAUCAAACUGUUCGGGGUGUUCUGGGCUGCUUACAGCGCUGCUUCGCUGCUCGUCGGAGAUGAAUUCAAAACCAAGAAGCCCCUUCUCAUAUAUCCCAUUUUCCUUCUGUACAUCUACUUCCUGUCGCUAUAUACUGGUGUGUGACUGGAUGAGUGGGAACUCUGGACCUUUUCAUGGACAUUGACCCUGGGUAAAUGGGGGGGGGGGAAGUCAAACUAUGGAAGCAGGAUUUUUUUAAAAUGUGUUUAUUUCUUUUUUAACUAUUCAGUUGUAGACGGUGGGGAAUAUAUAUCAAUGUAUAUAGUUUUGUCCCUUAUGUCUUUGGUCAAUAAAUGCAUAUGCUUUUACAGCUUACACUUCUGGUUAAACAGCAGGAAAUAGUCACAAGGUUGUACAUUAAUUUGAUGAUUAGGUUUUUACCCUUUAUCCCACUGAAGAAUGUGGUGCUAAAUAUUGGUGGUGUAUAAGUUAAGGCUGAAGGAAGAGACAGCACCACAAAGAAAGAUGGUUGAGUAUAAUGUUCUUUUUAGUUAUGCACUGUAAUGUACUAUGUGUCCAUUUCUGCUUCUCAUUUUUCAGACUUGUUUUUUUAAUUGAUGGAUUCCAGCAGCAGGUCCACGGGCAGUUAGCGUGAUUUAAAGCAUUGUCUACUAAAUAAGUUGCCUUGCCCUGUUACAGCCAUUCAAUACAGGAAUAUAAUUAUU